GCUCCUCACUUCGCUAUGCGCCCGUCCAGCCAGCCAGAUUCAACCCAGCAACGGUUCACUAAGUCCUUCCCCCGCCCCAAGCUCUCAUUGUCCCCCUCCAAGAUGGAGGCGCUGGAGGUUUUGGGGGGCUACCCGACCAAGCCCUCGAACCCUCGAUCACGAAUGGUCAGGGUUCUACUGAGUAUGACUGUUGUUAUGGGAUGUUUAUUAAUGUUACAUAGUUUUCUCAAAAUCACUAAGUCGCGGAAGCCGCAAGAUUUCUACUCUUUUGAGGUGAAGGACGCCAAAGGGAGAAGCGUUUCUCUGGAGAGAUACAGAGGCAAAGCGUCUCUGGUUGUCAACGUGGCGAGCCACAGCGAACACACAGAGAAUAACUAUCGCUCUCUGCAAGAGCUGCACCGGGAACUGGGGACGUCACAUUUCAACGUGCUGGCUUUUCCCUGCGGCCAGUUUGGGGAGACCGAGAUGGGGACCAGCCGGGACAUCGAGGCCAACGCCAAGAACACCCAUGGCGUCACCUUCCCUAUCUUCAGUAAGAUCAAAAUCAUGGGAUCGGAGGCGGAGCCAGCUUUCAAAUUCAUAACAGAUUCUGUGAAAAAGAUUCCAAAGUGGAACUUCUGGAAGUUCCUGGUGAACCCUGAGGGCCAGGUGGUGAGGUUCUGGAAGGCAGAGGAGCCCGUCGAGAACGUUCGUCAGGAGGCCACGGCCAUGGUGCGCGAGAUCAUUCUGAAGAAAAGGGCAGAGCUCUAACAGCGUGGAACUUGUCAAGACAGGAGUGACUACACCUCUGAGUUCAAUUGAACGUUCCUGGGGUACUGUACGACGGACGAACAUUUCAACACACUUUAUUAUGAUUUGGCCACUUUGACAAACUUUGCAGAAGAUCAUGUUCAUUGCACUGUAGGUGGGUUUAGUGUUUUACUGGAUGGCAACAGGACUAGAAUAAGAGCCUGUGUGUGUGUGUGUGUGUGUGUGUGUGUGUGUGUGUGUGUGUGUGUGUGUGUGUGUGUGUGUGUGUGUGUGUGUGUGUGUCUCUGAGUGUGUGUGUCUCUGAGUGUGUGGGCCAUGUCGUUUACUACUAAGUAUCAUGGCCUGGAUGACCCACCUUUAUGUGUAAUAUGGAUUUUCUGUUCCAUACAACUCUUUGUGUGUGUGUGUCUCUCUGUGUGUCUCUGUGUGCGUCUCUGUGUAUGUAAUAUAGAUUUUCUUUGUGUCAGUACUCUCUGGUAGCUGCAUGUACACAUGGCCAUCUUGUUCAGUUUGUCUUGUUCUGAGAUAGAUUAAAGACUGUUAUGUUUA